AUGCCUUCCGUUCUUCUCCUUUCGCCAAAGUGUAAAAACCUCUCGUCCUCGUUCGCGUCGUCCGUGCAAAUAUCCAUCUCCGGCACGUUUGGAAGAGAUGCGAAGAAAUCCAAUCGCGCUUUCGGUUCUUCUUUACCUUCGUCUUCUUUACGACGAUCGCGAGGACGAGGACGAGGACGAUCAUCGCGAGGACGAGGACGAAACAUCCAAAGGUGUUUUUUGUCCGACGAGAAAAAAACUCCUGGGACGAACAACAACAACGAGAACAACGAGAACAACAACAAGAACACCACGAAGCGUUUCUUAGUCGUCAACUACCACCGUCAGGAAUCGGAUUACGAUGGUUUUGGUCUCCACGUCUGGGGGGACGUGCCGAAACCGACGGAUUGGAACGAACCGUUAUUUCCAGUGAACGCAUCGUUGCCACAGUUUGAGACGUAUAAAGUGGAAUUAGAAGGGACGAGUUCGAAAAUCGUGUCGGUUUUGUUGCACAAAGGCGAAGAGCAGGACGUGCGCGCGGAGUCGAUGAAAGUGCCGAGCGGCGAAGAGGACGUGGAGAUUUUCUUAGUGAGCGGAUACCAAGAGAUUUGGCAGGAGAAGCCGGAUUUGGAGAAGUUGCCGAAAGGAGACGUGAAUUGUCACCGGGCUAUCUUGCUGGAUAAGCGGUUGGUGGCGUUGCCGAGAGAUUUUAACGGCGUGAAGGAGGAGGGAGGAGGAGGAGGAGGAAAAGAAGAAGAAGAAGAAGAGGUCGCGGUGGAAUUGUAUUCGAGUAAAAGCGGCAGUUUGAAAGCAACCAUGGACGGAGUAGAGAGCGAGGAUCCGGAGGAUGGGGACGUUUUGGAGGCUACUUUAUCGCGAGUGGAGGAAGAUAGCAUCGAUGCGGCCGUGAAGGAGAAGUUUCCAGCCGUGUUCAACGAAAAAUGUUUCGCGUUUUACGAAAUCGGCGAGUCGACGGUCUCGGAUGCGAAAAUGAAAUUGUUGUUGAAAACGCAACUCGCCGUUGGAACGAAAAAGCAAAGGAAAGAUAAGAACGAGAAUGAACCACUCGAUGCGUGCGGCUUGCAAAUCCACGGCGCGUUGGAUGCGUUUUAUAGCUACGAUGGGCCGCUCGGGUGUACUUUUAUGGACGAAAUUAUCGUCGUCACGUUAUGGGCGCCAAGCGCCAUUCAAGUUGAUUUCUUACUCUUCGAUUCUCCAGAUUUCUCGCACCCGAAGGAGGAAUUGGAGAUGAUGUUUGAUAGCUCGAACGGAACGUGGAUUAUUCACGGCAGGCGUAAAGAGUUGUACCAGAUGUAUUACAAUUUCAGAGUGACGGUGUUUCAUCCGAAAGAAAAUAAAGUGAUGACUUCAAUCGCGUCGGAUCCUUACGCGAGAUCGUUAGCCGCGGAUGGACGAAGAGCGCACAUAUUUGACGUCGAGAACGACGCGUCGGCGAAACCGGAAGGAUGGGAAACGUUCGCGAAACCGAGUUUGAAUCACAUUUGCGAAGGCGGUAUUUAUGAGUUGCACGUGCGCGACUUUUCCGCCUUGGAUGAUUCCGUGCCGGAAGACGCGAGAGGGAAGUAUAAAGCAUUCUCGUGCGAAGAAGGAAGAGGCGUGAGACAUUUGAAGAAAUUAUCGCAGCACGGAUUAUCGCACGUCCACUUACUCCCCACGUACGAUUUCGGGAGCGUUCCGGAACGAGCGGAAAAUCAAAAGUCGCUCUCUUCGGCGGAUAUUUCCGGCAUGGAGGCGUUGGAAAGCGACUCGGAGUUUCAACAAACGUUGACGUCAAAAAAUGCCUCGGAAGAUGCCUUCAACUGGGGAUACGACCCAGUGCACUACGGUGUCCCGGAAGGCUCGUAUUCGACCAAUCCAGACGGUCCGACGAGAAUUUUAGAGUACCGCGAAAUGGUCAAGUCCUUGAGCGAAAAAAUGAACUUGAGACUCAUCGUCGACGUGGUGUAUAAUCACACUUUGAGCAGCGGCCCGACCGAUGUGAACUCUGUUUUAGAUAAAAUCGUUCCGGGAUACUACCAUCGAAGAAAUUUUCGCGGCGACUACGAGGCGUCCACGUGCUGUAACAACACCGCGAGCGAACAUUACAUGUUCGACAGACUCAUCGUCGAUGAUUUAAUCCACUGGGCGAAAGAUUACAAAGUCGACGGGUUUCGUUUCGAUUUAAUGGGACACAUCAUGUUAAAAACCAUGCUCAAAGCGAAAGCAAAGUUAGAGGCGUUGACUUUAGAAAAAGACGGCGUCGAUGGAUCGAAAUUGUAUUUAUACGGCGAGGGAUGGGAUUACGCCGAGGUUGUACAAAACCGCGUCGGCGCGAACGCUUCGCAAAUGAACCUCGCGAAUACUGGCAUCGGUUCCUUCAACGAUCGCGUUCGCGAAGGCGCGGUUGGUGGAACUCCUUUUGGCGAUCCUCGUGAACAAGGUUUCGCGACGGGUUUGCUCGACCGCGCGAACGCCGCGCAAGGUAACGAUGACCUGUCUCGCAGAUAUCGAACGAUGGAAGACGGCGAGAAAAUUAUCGCCGCGUUCGCCGGUAAUUUACGCGAAUACGUUUUCACGAACAGACAUGGCGUCGAGACACAACUGAGAAAUGCGGCGUAUGAGAACUCAAAUGUAGCGUACGCGGGAGAACCGAAAGAAACCGUUAAUUACGUUUCCGCGCACGAUAACGAAACGUUGUUCGAUUGCAUAGCGCUUCGCGCGAGCAGCGAACACACGACGUUACGCGAUAGAAUUCGCAUGAAUCGUGUGUGCACUUCAAUCGUCGCGUUGUCCCAGGGCGUGCCUUUUUUCCACGCCGGCGAUGAAUUGUUGCGUUCGAAGAGUUUAGAUCGCGACAGUUACGAUAGCGGCGAUUGGUUCAAUCGAUUAGAUUUCUCCGGCGAGACGCACAAUUUUGGCGUCGGGAUGCCCCCGCGAUCGAAAAACGAAGGACGAUAUGAUUUGAUUCGUCCAUUCUUAGCGAACGUUGAGGAGAAUAAACCUUCACAAGAAGACAUACUCGCACAAACGGACUACUUUUGCGAGUUGAUGUCCAUUCGUUCGAGCUCGAAGCUCUUCUCUUUGGAGACGUUUAAAGACGUUCAAAAUCGCGUCUCGUUUUUCAAUCGCGGCGAAAAUCAAAUACCAGGUUUACUCGUCUACGUCAUCGACGAUGGUUUCGAGAAGCUAAAAAUAUGCGACAACUUUGAACGCAUCGUCGUGUGUGUCAACGCGACGUCGACGGACAUCGAGAACUACGCCGAGAAAGCGUUCCAACGUCACGUGAGAAACGCUUCGACCGCCAAAAUUUUAGAGCAGCACCCGGCGCAAGGCGCGAUAUGUGAGGACGCGGAAACGUUACGUCGCGUGAAAAUAUCCGGAGGAACGUCCGACGUCGACGACUUAUCGCUCACGAUUCCAGCGUUAUCGACGAUAGUUUUCGUUCAAAAACGAUGA